UGCAGAAUCCUAUCCAAUUUAUCUCUUUCAAAGUACUGGUUGGUGGAGGACUAGAGAUGAGCUCACUGACAUCUUCAAUUGGGACUGUGAAUCCCAGAAAAUUUAGAAUACCCAAUAAACGACUAAUAAAAAAUUCUGAUUCAAAAGAAGCAUCAAAUAUCAGAUUCUCAAGCCAGUCCCCACGGAAAAGCUCUUUGCCUAUUGUACAAAAAAAUGUGAACCCAAUUACUCUACUCAGCAGAAGAGAAGCACUUGGUUUCAGCUUCUGUUUUGGCUUUCUUGAUGUUCUCUUGCAACCAGAAGAGAGUGUAGCAGCUGAAGCAGCUCCAUGUGAACUAACGGUAGCUCCCUCCGGCCUUGCCUUCUGUGAUAAAGUUGUAGGAACUGGCCCUGAGGCUGCCAAGGGACAGUUGAUUAAGGCACAUUAUGUCGGGAAAUUGGAAAAUGGGAAGGUUUUUGAUAGCAGCUACAAUCGAGGGAAGCCUCUUACAUUUCGCAUAGGUGUUGGCGAGGUCAUCAAGGGCUGGGACCAAGGCAUUCUAGGAGGUGAUGGAAUCCCUCCCAUGCUUGCAGGUGGAAAACGCAUACUAAAGCUUCCUCCAGAACUCGGAUAUGGCGUGAGAGGUGCCGGGUGUAAAGGAGGUUCUUGUAUUAUUCCUCCAGAUUCAGUUCUCCUGUUUGAUGUAGAGUUCGUUGGCAAGGCAUGAGAAGUUGUAGCCAAAGAGCCAGGAAGCCUAAAUCAAUCAGUUUUUCAAUAUGAAUUUUGACGUUAAGAAGAAGGAAAUGAUAUUAGUUUCUUCGAAUAGUAUUCAUGUUUCUCUGCACAUUUGUCAUUUAGAGACACAAUAUUAUUAGAUUUUACAUCAUUAUUUUGGCAAUAUGACGUUGAAUACAUUGCAAAAGUGAAUUAGACCAGAA